AUGCCAUCAGAUACAAUAGUGUCUCUAUCUAGUGAAACAAUCAAAAAAUUCGAAGCUAGUUUGCAAAUAAUAAAAAAUCGAUUCUAUAAAUUACAAUGGGAUCUAGACUUAAAAGAGAAACGGUUGGAAAAAAUACUUCGAGAUUCUGAGAGCCAAGAGGAUUAUAUAGACUAUUUGAAAAAGCA